AUGCACCCGCAAACAAUAAUACCAGAAGCAGCCCGGAACACUCGCGCUGCCACUCAUGAUUUCCGAAGUGAUACUGUCACUCUCCCGAGCAGCUGCAUGCUCUCAUCAACGAUUACCGAAGCUCCGGGUUACGGGGACGAUGUCUUCUCCCAAGACAAACCAACUAAUGCCCUGGAGACUUAUGUCGGGGAGUUGACGGGUAUGGGAAAUGCCCUUUUCGUCUCAUCAGGCACGAUGGGCAAUCAAUUGGCCCUGCGCUCGCUUUUACAGCAGCCGCCCCACUCCGUCAUCUGUGGCCGGCAUAGUCACAUCUUCGUGCACGAAUGCGGAAUGGCCUCUAUGUUUUCACAGGCACAUCUCAUCCCCGUGCUAAGCAGCCCGCACAAGAAUAAUGCCAAUGGCAAUCAACAAUCAUACCUGCCUCUAGAAUCUAUCAUCCCGAACAUAGUCCCCGACGACGGCAACGUGCACGCUGCCCCGACGCGCAUUAUCGCGCUGGAAAACACAUACAAUGGGAAAAUUACCCCUGUCUCUGAAGUAAGGCGCAUAGCAGAAUAUGCCCACCAGCACGGUCUGAAGGUGCACAUGGACGGCGCCCGGCUCUGGAACGCGUGCUAUCCGCCUUCAAGCGACGGCUUGUCCCCGGCAGAGGCGGCGGAAAUCGCCAAAUCCCUGCUCCGGGAAUACUGCUCACAUGUCGAUACGGUUAGUCUGUGUUUCUCAAAAUCCUUGGGUGCGCCUAACGGCUCCAUCCUGGCCGCCAAAUCGCCAGAGGUGAUUGCACGCGCUCGCCAUUUUCGCAAGGCGCUAGGUGGCGCGAUGCGUCAAGUUGGGAUCAUUUCGGCACCCGCACGCGUCGCUAUUGACGAGGUGUUUCUUGCUGGCGAGCCUCUGAUGCGAGCCAAUGCGAUAGCGAGUGAAUUGCAGGAAGAGUGGAUUGCGCUGGGAGGUGCAGUAAUGCCUGGCCUUGGUCAGGAGACGAAUAUGGUUUGGUUAGAUUUGGGUAGAGCUGGGGUUUCAGGGACGGAAUUUGAGAGAAUCGCGAAGGAAGAAGGAGUACUAGUUUUCGCACGGAGGAUUGUUACUCAUUAUCAAAUAAGUGAUGAUGGAAUCAUUGCUAUGAAACGGGUACUCAAGCGGACUAUGGAAUUGAGCAAGAAGAAAAGUAGUGAAGAUGCACACCCGCUCACGACGGAGCAGCAGACUGCUGGGAUGUUCCGCUUGACCGGCACUCCAAUGCAAAGUAGUUACAAGUAA